AUGGAACUGGUAGCUGACAAGAUUGGGCUCUUGGCCUCACCCGGUACGGGCCCCGUUGCGCGGGCACUGGAUGAGCACCCCGGGGCCCAGGAGCGUUUGGUCUUUCGCCUUGCGCGCCGCUUGGAGUCUUUUCGCGAGGACGGCCGCGCUUUGCAGAGCAGGUUCGAAAGGCAAACUUUGCCGGCCUUGAAGAAAAACUGCGCUGCUCUUCGACUUUGGCUGCACCGCAGGGAGGUGGGCGUGGCCCCACAAGCCUAUCGGGAUGCGGCUGAGGGCGAAACAAGUGCCGGGAGCGUGCGCGGCGCCGUCGCAGCUGCGGACCACAUCCUCGACCGUUUGGCCCAUGUGACGAAAGAGGUCGCCGCGUGGGAUCAGGCCCUCCGGACGCUGCGAUAUUUGCCAAGGAGUUCCUUGAAGCUUCCAGCAGCACCGGCAAACGUCAAGGCGGACUCCAGCACUGAG